UCGCCCCCUCCUGGCCCGAUCCCUCCUCCCCCGCCCCCCUCCGGGCUGGACCGCGGAUGGUACGUUCCGCACGUGAGCUGGGUGCUGGUCUGGCCGGCGACGCGCGUGCCCUGUGGCCAAACACUGCCCCGAGUGAGAGCAAACUACCAGCGCAGUGGGGCCGGCGCGACUGUGCGUGCGUGUGUGUGCGUCUGUGUGCGAGAGAGCGAGCGCGGUGGGAGAGGGAACGACCAACUGCUUCACACUUUAAACACUGCGCUGAAGAGGGACAGAGAGACUGGAGACGCACAGAUCCCCUCAAGAUCUCCCAAAGCUACCGUCCCACAGAUUAUAGGACACAGCCCUCAAAAAUUGAAACAGAGGAAAGCGGACAGCGGUUGAACAUGGACGAAGGAAUUCCUCAUUUGCAAGAGAGACAGUUACUGGAACAUAGAGAUUUUAUAGGACUGGACUAUUCCUCAUUGUAUAUGUGUAAACCCAAAAGGAGCAUGAAGCGAGACGAUAGCAAGGAUACCUAUAAAUUACCGCAUAGAUUAAUAGAAAAGAAAAGAAGAGACCGAAUUAAUGAAUGCAUUGCUCAGCUGAAAGAUUUACUGCCUGAACAUCUGAAGUUGACAACUCUGGGGCAUCUGGAGAAAGCGGUAGUCUUGGAAUUAACUUUGAAACACUUAAAAGCUUUAACAGCCUUAACUGAGCAGCAGCAUCAGAAGAUAAUUGCUUUACAGAAUGGGGAGCGAUCUCUGAAAUCGCCCAUUCAGUCCGACUUGGACGCGUUCCACUCGGGAUUUCAAACAUGCGCCAAAGAAGUCUUGCAAUACCUCUCCCGGUUUGAGAGCUGGACGCCCAGGGAGCCCCGGUGUGUCCAGCUGAUCAACCACUUGCAUGCGGUGGCCACCCAGUUCUUGCCCACCCCUCAGCUAUUGACUCAACAGGUCCCCCAGAGCAAAGGCACCGGCGCGCCCUCGACCCCCGCCGCCUCCAGGGCCACCCCCUGCCUGGAGCGCGCUGGACAAAAACUGGAGCCCCUCGCUCACUGCGUGCCGGUCAUCCAGCGGACUCAGCCCAGCGUGGAGCUGGCCGGCGAGAACGACACAGACACCGACAGCGGCUACGGAGGCGAGGCCGAGGCCCGGCCCGACCGCGAGAAGGGCAAAGGCGCGGGGGCGAGCCGCGUCACCAUCAAGCAGGAGCCCCCCGGGGAGGACUCGCCGGCGCCCAAGAGGAUGAAGCUGGAUUCGGGGGGCGGCGCGGCGGCGGCAGCGGCCGCGCUCCUGGGGCCCGACCCUGCGGCCGCGCUGCUGAGACCCGACGCCGCCCUGCUCAGCUCGCUGGUGGCGUUCGGCGGAGGCGGGGGCGCGCCCUUUGCGCAGUCCGCGGCCGCCGCGGCCCCCUUCUGCCUGCCCUUCUACUUCCUGUCGCCUUCCGCGGCCGCCGCCUACAUGCAGCCUUUCCUGGACAAGAACAGCCUGGAGAAGUACCUGUACCCCGCGGCGGCCGCCGCCCCGUUCCCACUGCUGUACCCCGGCAUCCACGCCCCGGCGGCCGCCGCCGCCGCCGCUGCUGCCGCCGCCGCCGCCGCCGCCUUCCCCUGCCUGUCCUCCGUGCUGUCGCCCCCUCCAGAGAAGGCGGGCGCCGCCGGCGCGACCCUCCGGCCGCACGAGGUGGCGCCCCCUGGAGCGCUGCACGCCCCGCGCCCGCACGGCCGCACCCACCUGCCCUUCGCCGGUCCCCGCGACCGCGGGAACCCGGAGAGCUCUGCUCAGGAAGAUCCCUCGCAGCCAGGAAAGGAAACCCCCUGAAUCCUUGCGCUCCUUUCUUAGCAGGGACGAGAAUUCCCGCGGAAUAAUAAUAUUAAUAAGUUAAAACACCCUUAACGUUUUUAAGGGAGGAAGUGUAAUAGAUGCACGCCAGGCUUUAAAAAAAAACAGGUGUUUUGUGUACAUUUGGAGUUCCUGUUUUGCUCAUCUUUCAACACCCCACCCUCCACACACCAGCUAUAAAAGGACUCUGCGCUAGUCUUUUUUUUUUUUUCAAAGAACUCCCCCAAAUAAUUUUUGCCUUCUUUUAGGGUGUGUUCCAUUAUCUAUUAAAAUAUAGAAGCUAAUUCUCGAGGAAGUAAGAAGGGUAUGCUCUGUGGGUGAGCCAGUGGAACCAGGGUGGGGGAGAGGUGGCGGAGCAGUUGACACUGAGCAGCAGAGUUAUGUCAGUGACUCAGAGCUGUCCUGCUGCUUCAGGAUGCUUUCCGCAAACAGAAUGAUCUUUCAGAAUUGAGUUUACUCUUCAGUAUUUUGUAAUGUUCAGCUUUUUAAAAAGACAUUUUUUCAAAGAGGAAGAGGAGAGAAUGCAGUCGCUCACAUUGCAACCUAUUCUGAAGUGGUUUGAAUGAUAUUCCUUAGUAACUUGCACUUGUUGAAAGAGACUCGGAGUUGGGCCACUGUCAGAACAAAGUCAGGGAACUAGAUGAGUGAGGAAGGCCAGAAUCAUUCUUAGUACAUUUGCUGGCACUUUAAGAAAUUGACCAUGAAUCAAUUGACUCAUCUUAAUUAUAUAUAUAUAUACACACAUGCGUGCACACACACACAAAUAUACAUAUAGAGUAUCUAUUCCCACCUUGCCAUUAUUUAAUCCAUAUGUUCCUUAGUUUUUAUAAUCUUGCUGUAAAAAAAAAAAAGAAUGUGCACUGAACUUAAAAAGAAAAAAGUCCAAAAUGACUUGGGCUAUAUUCUGUUCAAUCACAGACAUAGAGGAAAAUAUUAAACUAGUCAAUUUUGAUUGGAAAUGCUGUAAAGAUUGGACUGAAGCUCCGUGAAGCCUUCCCAUCUCCAAGUUUGUGUAUUUUCUGGAGACCAAACCAGAUACCAGAUAAUCACAAAGAAAGCUUUUUUAAUAAGGCUUAAACCAAGACCUUGUCUAGAUAUUUUUAGUUUGUUGCCAAGGUAGCACUGUGAGAAAUCUCACUUGAAUGUUAUGUAAGGGGUGAGACACAACAGUCUAUGAGUGAAGAAAAGAUCUGGGUCUUCUAGUCAGUUUGGUGCAUUUGCUGCUGCUGUUGCUCCUGUUUGCCUCAAACGCUGUGUUUAAACAACGUUAAACUCUUAGCCUACAAGGUGGCUCUUUAUGUACAUAGUUGUUAAUACAUCCAAUUAAUGAUGUCUGACAUGCUAUUUUUGUAGGGAGAAAAUAUGUGCUAAUGAUAUUUUGAGUUAAAAUAUCUUUUGGGGAGGAUUUGCUGAAAAGUUGCACUUUUGUUACGAUGCUUAUGCUUGGUACAAGCUUAUGCUGUCUUAAAUUAUUUUAAAAAAUAAAUACUGUCUGCAAGAAACCAGCUGGUUUAGAAAAGUUUAGUUUGCGAAGAUAAACUAGAAGAUAUCUUUAUAUUCUAGUAUUUUCAGCACACCAUAAAUUCUAUUACCUAAAUAUUGCCACACUAUUUUGUGAUCUUAAAAUUCUUACCAAGGAAUAAAAACUUUAAUACACAAUAUGAGAUUGUCUAAUAAUUAAAAAGACAUGAUGGAUGUUCAGUUAAUUUUAAAAGGUCUAUGAAUAUAGGGAUAAAAGUCAUUUGGGUUCUCGGAUAUACAACUUGGUCAUUGGCUUAUCACACAUUUCCGCUCUUUUACAAGCCAACAGGCUCUGGCUGUGUCUACCUGCUUGUUCUCAAAGUACCUUAAUGAAAAGUGCAAAAGAAAAGAACAACCAAUCAUUUGAGCGGUUUGUUUAUGUUAGACCCAAUUCCCUAAUGUUUUUAUGAUUGAUGAAUUUUGUUCACUUUUCAUCCUUGAUACCAGAUAGCCUCUGUUGUAAGAUUUAGUGCAUUUCUCUUUUACUGGGCCCAGUAUAAAUGUGCUACCACUCAGGGGGAGCUAAGUUUCUCAGUAUAUUUUAGCUCCUAAACCUUUACAAAAUAAUUCUCUUGUGGGACUUCAUCAUGGAAUUCAAAGAACAGAUGAUUGUAGACUUACCAAAUUUAUAAUGAAAUUUGUGAUUUGACACAAACUGUGUGAAGGAAUGUCAAUUUUUAGAUCGAUAAUGUUCUUCACACCCCCGCCCCCCAGUUUUGAAGGAUGUUGAAAUGAUAGCCAACAUUUGUAAGAUAUAAUAGAAAAAGUGCUCCCUCUGCUGUUUUUAUGGGAACAGAACUGCCAGUAAUAGAAAGUGGAACCAGAAGGAAUCUCAGAGAUUGGCUCGUCCAGUCCCCUGCAUUUUGUAAUAGGAGGGAAAUGAAGCCCAGGGCUAUCCAAUGUCUCCCGUCGGUCACACCUACCUGGAACCAGCAUCAGACGCUCGGUGGAUUGUACCCCCAGGCCGAGAGACACUCCCAACUGCUGCAUGCACCUGGAACCAAGUAAAUUGAGCGUGGGCAGUGCUCCUGAAAUGUCAUGAAUAGACCACAGGAACAAAGGAAAUAAAAAUUAACAUUAGAAAUUAGAGGAUAGUAAAAUGUCCUAGCAUUUGUAUAAUUUUGGCACAGUGAAAAAAUUUAGGGUUGGACCAGGUUUUAUAGGGUAUUUUAAUCCAAAUGCCUAUAUACUGACAUGGUAGUAAUAUAAAAUUAGGACAGAAUCACAAAAUAAUACUGUACCUGAAAAGUUUUGUUUGGGUCAUUGAUUUAUUUUAAUAAAAGACUGGAAUCACAAGUUGCUAAGGAGGGUUCUAUCUAUACCUACAGUGGUGAAAUUUGAGCCAAGAGUUUUUGUAGUACAUAUGAUUUUCCAAUUUAAGACACACCAAUCUUCAGUCAACAAUGCUUUUUUAAAUACAGUAUUUUAC